AAAAGCAAUCCAAGCAAACGACAUAGGGAGCGACUGAACUCUGAACUCGAUCGCUUGGCCGAAUUGCUGCCUUUUGAUACGAACGUCAUUGCCAAGUUAGACAAGCUAUCCGUCCUCAGGUUGGCUGUUAACUACCUCAGGACCAAAAGCUACUUCCAAGGU